UUGGCUAUCUGUUGACAUUGACAAGAUAAAUUGUCAUAACAUAACGUUCUAUAUAUGGCGGCUAAUUGGUUUGAUAGUUUCCUGUGCGUUUUAAUAAAAAUGGAAAAGGAUGUUCAAAAUGUUCAUUGGACCAACCAGAUAGAGCUGUUGUUUAUCCAGCUCUACCAGGCUGAGCCCAUUUUAUGGGAUGUGUCGUUGAGUGACUACAAAAAUAAAUUACGCACAUACGAUGCGUGGUGCAGGAUAAGUGAUAUAUUGGAAAUACCAGUAGAGAAACUUCAACAAAAGCGAAAUUCCCUAUUAUCCAGCUACAGGGCCUACAAACUUAAAGUGAAAAAGUCGAUAAAGUCCGGGGCCGGUGCGGACGAAGUCUACAAACCAUGUUGGUUCGCGUACGAAGUUAUAGAUAGCUUUUUAGGUGACAAGGAUACACCAAAGAAAACAAUAACGACGGAGGACAAAGAAAAUGUGAAUAAAGAAAAUGAAGAAGAAAAUCUUCAAAAAUCACCACCAACUCAAUCUCAAACUAUCAGAAGGAAACAAAAUCCGCCGGAGCUUCUGCAUGCAGGCCGUAUGGUAGAAGAAGCCCUGAGUACCUUUAACACAACUAUGAAGCAUUGUGUUAAAGAUACUCAGGAUCCAGACGACUGUGAUUUAUAUGGCCAACUUUUGGCCAAAAGGUUGAGAAAGGUUGAGAAUGAUGCAUACAAUAGAUGGUAUGUUCUUGACCUGUCCUCAAAUAAGACAAGUUAACCCAUGGUCAUCAUCAUCACAAGCUACAGCUACUUCCACAAUGCCCCCCUCAUAUUCUAAUCCUUUCACUAUAAUUUCCAACAACACACUCCCUUCCAGGCCUCAAAACGAUGUAUCAAUAGAUAAACCUUUCAAGCCUAUAAUAAUUAAAUCUAGUAAAAUCAUUCGUCCUCAUACAAAUCCAUUCUAAAUAUUAAAGUCACCCAGUAUCAAUCUAAUAUCAAUAUUGAACUUACAGUACCGGCCAAUUAUAUAUAUAUCACCUCCAUGUUUUUUCAGUGGAACCUUUUUUAAAUUUGUAAGUGAUUUCCACCUCACUACUGUAAGUAGGUAGUCUAGUAGCAUAGAGUAAUAUAAGUAAAGAAAGAGUGGUAACUCCAUACAUCAGUUUUCUUACCAAAACGCGAAUUAUUUCGUAGUCGACAUCUAGUGUCAAGUAGCAGAAUUUAUCAGUACUGCUAGU